CCUUUUCCCCCGACUGCGUGUGUUUCAUCACUGUGGCUCAGCGCGCGACAUGAUUCCAUUGCGAUUCCAUUGCUCGAUUACUUCCGCCGUUUGGCUAGGCACGAAUCUAGGCAGAGGGGGUUGACUAUACAGACCAAAAUCCAAAAGGGUUCCCCAUUUGUGUCCCCACUGUUUUCCACACCUUUUAGGUUCCUGCUCAUCUCUUGGUCAGUGUGGUAUGUCUGAUAAGGAUUUACAUGCUAGAACAAGCUCUACAACAUCUUCUUCCUCGAGUCAAAACAAACAGGGGGACAUAUCUUGCAAGAAGCGGGAUUGCAAAGCCACUAUGAGCAAGACCUCUAAGCUGCUAUCUACCAGCGCCAAGAGAAUUCAAAAAGAGCUGGCAGAUAUCACACUGGACCCUCCGCCAAACUGCAGCGCUGGACCCAAAGGAGACAACAUCUAUGAGUGGAGGUCAACCAUCCUGGGCCCGCCAGGCUCUGCUUAUGAGGGAGGGGUCUUCUUCCUCGACAUCGCCUUCACACCUGAUUACCCCUUCAAACCACCCAAGGUAACAUUCCGUACAAGGAUUUAUCACUGCAAUAUCAACAGCCAGGGAGUAAUUUGUCUGGACAUCUUGAAGGACAACUGGAGUCCAGCCCUCACCAUCUCCAAGGUGCUGUUGUCCAUCUGCUCCUUGCUUACAGACUGCAACCCUGCUGAUCCCCUUGUUGGAAGCAUCGCCACCCAGUACACAGCUAAUAGAGCGGAGCAUGACAGAACAGCCAAACAGUGGACGAGACGGUACGCCACAUGAACCCACAGAGACAAACAGUGUGUGUGUAUUUUUUUGUUUUGUUUUUUUUGACUCAUAAUUAAGUUAUCUCAAUAAAUAUGAAAAUAAAUAUAAGUAAUGAAAAUA